GCCCUUGUCUACCGGCGAGAAUUGAAGACGCUUCCAGAGAGAUCGUUUCUCCGUUAAACCCUAGAAGAGAUAACAGAUACGUCACAACAUGGCUUUCUUAAGUAAAGUUGGAAGGAUAUUUAGGCAGACUAGCACUCAUGUUAAUGUCUCUAAGUCUAUGCUACAGAGCAUCCGUUGCAUGUCUUCUUCAAAAAUCUUUGUUGGAGGUAUCUCCUACAGCACUGAUGAGUUUGGCUUAAGAGAAGCUUUUAGCAAAUAUGGAGAAGUUGUUGAUGCGAAAAUUAUUGUGGACCGUGAAACUGGUAGAUCAAGGGGUUUUGCUUUCGUAACGUUUACUUCUACGGAGGAGGCUAGUAAUGCCAUGCAACUGGAUGGACAGGACCUUCAUGGUCGAAGAAUUAGAGUGAACUACGCUACUGAAAGAGGAAGUGGAUUUGGAGGAAGGGGGUUCGGUGGUCCAGGUGGGGGUUAUGGAGCUCCAGGUGGUGGUUACGGUGCUCCGGGUGGUGGUUAUGGAGGAGGCGGAGCUGGUGGGUAUGGUGCUCCAGCUGGUGGUUACGGAGGUGGCUCUUAUGGAGGAAAUGCAGGUGGUGGUGGUUAUGGAGGUAACGCUCCUUAUGGUGGCAACGCCGUUGGUGGUGGUGAUGGUUAUGGAAGCAACUUUGGGGGAGGAUAUGGUGUCGCUGGUGGUGUUGGUGGAAGUGACAACUUUUCCCAAGGCAGUUCUUCUGGUGCUGGUUUUGAUGACAAGUUUAGCAGCAACGAACCACUAGGCAAUGAUACGGAUCAUCAGCUUGAAAGCGCUGGCGUUGACAAUCAGUUUGGUGGCAGUGACAACCAGUUUGGUGACUCGGAGAACAGUCAAACAGAGGUUGGUCCAGACGGGUUUGAUCAGACUGAUGACGGUGAUGUUGCCAAGAGAGCUUAAUUUCUACAAUGCUGGUGCCGCCUAUGUUCUUCUCUUGGGCUUCUUGAAACUUUUAUUUGCAGUUUCUUAAUUUAUGUUUUUAACGUUUGGGGUUGUUUUAUCAUCUAGAGACCUCUAUUGUUGGUUGUUUCUAAUGUUUUUGACAUUUGAGGCUCAUAAAUAAUAAUUUUAAAACUUAUAACAGACUCUUAUUCUAUUUGAGAUUUUC